GACAAGUCAUUAACUUUUUUGUGCACCAACAUUGUCACGUUACUCUCAGAAAAUCAUCAGAAAAUAUUGUUUUAUUAAAUUGUUUAAAUAAAUAUGCAGUGAAUAACUAUGUCAAAGUUAUGUAGACAAGUGAUUACAGUGAAAAUGAGUGUGAUUGACAGGCAAAAUCAUGUUCUUAGCGGUGAUCCGCCUAAUGUAAACAAUGCGCCGGCGGCGGUCCGGCGCUCACUCCACAGCGACUCGUAUUCAGUUUUGGGACUUAUGUUUUAAACAAGUAAGGUAACAAGAACCUCAGGUAUGUUGCGUUUAUUGUUAUAUAAUAACCAAACAAGAUUAUUUAGACAAAUCUCAGUGUCAUACAUUCAUAUAUCGAAAUGGCGGAAGAGUACAACUUCCGUUUUGUUUUACUGUCAAACUCUAUUGUUUGGAUCAACACCGUCUCAUGGACAGAGUAUCAUACCGUCUCUUUCUUUCGCUGUUAUUAACCAUACUUUAGAAAGAGUGGGUUAUACUUUACCGUACUAGUAAUACUGACUGACGCUUUAUGUGUGCCAGACUUUAUGACCAAAACGUUUGAAUUGUUUAUAUAUAUAUUUUUUUUUUUCUAUGCUGGCACUUUCCGGUUGCCCAUAAACUAUGUUCGUUUUUUCUCUCGUUUGAAUACUGGUCUCGAAGUAAAACUAUCGUUAACAAGUGCGUCGAAAUUACUCUUAUUUUUUCGCGAGUGCUGUUAAAAUGGGAAAAAGGAAGAGAGAUAAAGAAAAAGAUGAAGUUUAUAUUAAGAAAAAGAUAAAAAAACUUCAAGAAAAGCUGCAAAGACAUUCCGUCGAACCAGAUCGCAGUUCUACUCCUCCUGUACAACCGCAGUCGAAGACUCCGCAGCAGCCGCCGACAGAAGACUCUUCACCAUCACCGGCGUCUUCACCGUUGCAUACUAGGCCACACGAUGACCCUGAUAUAAAUGCAGAAAUUGUGGACGAUGAACUCCCUGAGGAGUUCCUACUUGCUCUGGGGACUGAAGGUCAGGAACAGGCAGAAGUUGGAAACCCUAUCAGACCUGAAUUGGCCUCCCGCUGGACAAAAAUUAUGAAUGACGGCUUGGGUAAAGAGGCUAGAGAAGCAAUUGUGAAAAAAUACCCUCCACCAGCCAAUUUUUCUGCUGCAAUAGCACCGAUAAUUAAUCCAGAGAUUGCGUCUACACUCUCAGAUCCCUCGGUCAAAAGAGAUAAAAGGAUUAUGAUAAGACAGGGCUUAACAGGCACAUUAUUGUCUUGCCUAGGAAAAUGCUUAACUGACGUUUUACUAGGAAAUAUUAACUCUAAAAAGUUAAUUGAAGAAAUCAAUGACGCUGCGAAGUUGGCUGGGGAAAUCCACCACCAUGAUUCAAAUUCGAGAAAAUUCUUUUGUUUGGCUGGAGCGAAUAAAACCAUCCAAGAUGCUAUUCGUCAUCAAAAGACCGAUAAGUUUUUAUUUGGUACAGAUUGUGCUGACAAGAUCAGAGCUGCACAAACAAUCCAGAAAACUUCAAAUACUAUUAAGAACCAUCCAGAGAAAGAAAAGAAGCAGCAGAAACAAGCAGCAAAUAACAAACAGUUCAAGCAGUUAAACUGGAAGAGCCCACCACAAUACAGUCAGCAGUAUCAUCGGAUGCGUGGUGGGCAACAAUACCAUCAACCCCGGAAGCACUACAACCAGCCUCACCGGAAAGAGAGACACAGCUCCCACAAGCAGAGGUCCAGAUAUCACCGAUAGAACCUGAGGUACAUGCAGAGAUGUCCAUCCCCUACAUCGUCAUCUUACCCUGGCUGCCGGGCUGCUAUCGGCGAGGCGUACAGUAGGCGCGGAACGCCAAAAUCAGCAAUUCAGAUAAUGUUAAAUUCUCUUUCAAAUAACACGCUGAAACAGUAUGAUACUUCUUUCAAACAAUGGUGGCUAUUCUGUAAGCAAAAUAAGAUUGAUGUUUAUCAGGCGUCUAUACCAUUCGUACUUAAGUUUUUAACAGAGCGUUUUGAAAAUGGAGCCUCUUAUGGCACAAUUAAUAGUACUAGAUCCGCUCUAUCUCUUCUUAUUGGACCUAGAAUAGGAAAUGAUGAUAGGAUAAAACGGUUUGUUAAAGGAGUAUUUCGAUUAAAACCUCCUACUCCAAAAUAUAAUAUAACAUGGGACCCUAGCAUUGUCCUCAAUUAUUUAAAAGGCUUGUACCCUAACGAAGUUAUAAGCUUGGAACAGCUUACCCAUAAAGUGGUGAUGUUACUUGCCUUAACGACAGGACACAGAGUCCAAACAUUAUCCUUAAUUAAGAUUAAUAAUAUUCAAUUUACUCAUGAGGGAGUUCAAAUUUUUAUACCAGAUUUAAUUAAAACUUCAGGAAAAAACAGUAAACAACCAUUAUUAAAUUUAAAAAUAUUCAGUAAUAAGAUUGAAGUCUGCCCAGUCACUACUUUAAAUUCUUAUAUCAAAAGAACACAGUCUAUUAGAGAUACUAACAGUCUUUUAAUUACGCAUAAAAAACCUCACCAUGCUG